GCUUGUUGGUAACACCUCUUUCUACAAUGCUGGUCUGAUAAGUAUUUACCGUAACAACAGCUGGGGUUAUGUCUGUGAUGACAACUGGGAUAUGAAGGAUGCUAAUGUAGCCUGCAAACAACUUGGAUUUUCCAGGGGUGCUGAAGUAGCUACAGGAAAUUCAAGAUAUGGUUGGCAGAAUCAGAAGACUUUCUCAUGGAUAAUACCGACUGUAAAGGAGAUGAAAGUGCUUUGCAAUAUUGUUCAUAUGAUACUGAGCAUGACUGUAAAAAGGAUGAAGCUGCUGGAGUUAUAUGUAAACCGAACCCUGGCUGCAAACCUGGUUGGAUUUCUGGUCCAAGUGGUUGCUAUCGUUUGUUUAUCGGCAAUGCUCGAAGACUCAAUGCCAAAGAAAUGUGUUACACUAAAGAUAGUCAUUUAGUAAUUAUUGACAGUUUGGAAGAAAAUGCGUUUCUUUCAGUUUUACUUCAGACCAAUAAUGAUAAUCAUGUCUGGUUGACAGAUGGUUUCAGGUAUGGAAGUAAUUGGGCAUGGAGAUAUGAGAGAGAAGCUAUAUCUACUUUCUAUUGGUUUCCUGGAUGGAUGCCUGAUAAGAAGUCUGCAGAGCCAAGCAAAAGAGGGAGAUGUAUUAGUUUAUCCAAUAUGUUUCAGCAUGAUGGAGAACUGUACAUGACUAGUUACUUCUUCUGGAAGACAUCUAACUGUAACUCAGUCACAGGUUUUAUCUGUGAACGGAAAAAAACACCUGAUUUCACAGAAGAUUGUUACAGUGGAAAUGGUGUGUCCUACAGAGGGUCUGUAUCAGAAACAGUCAGAGGAACACCCUGCCUUAAAUGGACAGAGAAUUUUAAAUAUAACACAAUAAACUCUCCCAAUGCAGGUCUUGGAAACCACAAUCAUUGUCGAAAUCCUGAUAAAGAUAAGCGUCCAUGGUGUUGGGUAGCACCAGCUUUCAAAAAUCAGUUUGGAUACUGUAAAAUUGAUCAAUGUAAAAAUGUUACAGAAAGCACAACAGUGGAAUCAACUGUGACUACAUACCCAACAACAGUGGCACCGACUACUACUACAACUAAACCUAAACCAACAUGUUCUCCUGUCCAGAUGCGAUGUAAAGGAACAAAUGUGUGCAUUCCACUCACUUGGAGAUGUGAUGGAGAAAGAGACUGCAGAAAAGGUGAUGAUGAAGAGAACUGUCAUUGUUACAGUGGAAAUGGUGUGUCCUACAGAGGGUCUGUAUCAGAAACAGACGGAGGAACACCUUGCCUUAAAUGGACAGAGAAUCCUAAAUAUAACACAAUAAACUCUCCCAAUGUAGGUAUCGGAGACCACAAUUUUUGUCGAAACCCUGAUGAUGAUAAGCGUCCAUGGUGUUGGGUAGCACCAGCUUUCCAAAAUAAGUUUGGAUACUGUAAAAUUGAUCAAUGUAAAAAUGUUACAGAAAGCACAACAGUGGAAUCAACUGUGACUACAUUCCCUACAACAGUGGCAUCAACUACUCGUAAUAUCAGUUGUAAUAGUGACAAAAUGCUUUGUUCAGUAUCAUCACGAAAAUGCAUCCCAAUUUCUUGGAAAUGUGAUGGAGAAGCUGACUGCCCUGAUUCAGAAGAUGAAAAAAAUUGUGAGCUAGAAGUGAGUUGUGCUUCUAAUUCAAUGAUGUGUCCAAGCAGAAAGAUUUGCAUACCUCUUCAAUGGAAGUGUGAUGGAGAUCGUGAUUGUCCUGAGGGAGAAGAUGAGAGUAAAUGUGAUAUAGUUACAACUACAAAAGCUACCGUUACAACUACAAAAGCUACAGUUGCAACUACACAAGCUCCAGUUACAACAACUCUUUCCCUGGACUGUCCAGAUAAUGAAAUGUAUUGUGCAGCCACAAACACCUGCAUUUUACUGAGUUGGAAAUGUGAUGGAGAAAAUGACUGUCCAAAUGGGGAAGAUGAGAAAGAUUGUGUUAUAGUUACCACUACACAAGCACCAGUAACAAUUUUCCCUCUGGGCUGUUCAGCUAAUGAAAUGUACUGUUCAGCAUCAAAGACCAACUGCAUUCCACUGGCUUGGAAAUGUGACGGACAAAAUGACUGCCCUGAUGGAGAAGAUGAGGAAGAUUGUGAUAUAGUUACAACUACACGAGCUCCAGUUACAACUACACAAGCUCCAGUUACAACAACUCUUUCCCUGGACUGUUCAGAUAAUGAAAUGUAUUGUACAUCCACAAACACCUGCAUUUUACUGAGUUGGAAAUGUGAUGGAGAAAAUGACUGUCCAAAUGGGGAAGAUGAGAAAGAUUGUGUUAUAGUUACCACUACACAAGCACCAGUAACAAUUUUCCCUCUGGGCUGUUCAGCUAAUGAAAUGUACUGUUCAGCAUCAAAGAUCAACUGCAUUCCACUGGCUUGGAAAUGUGAUGGACAAAAUGACUGCCCUGAUGGAGAAGAUGAGGAAGAUUGUGAUAGAGUUACAACUACACAAGCUCCAGUUACAACAACUCUUUCCCUGGACUGUCGAGUUAAUGAAAUGUAUUGUACAGCCACAAAGAGCUGCAUUUUACUGAGUUGGAAAUGUGAUGGACAAAAUGACUGCCCUGAUGGUGAAGAUGAAAAAGAUUGUGAUUACAUACUUGACAAUUUUGAGAAACAAGACACAAGCUUUGUCAUUCAUGCAUUUCCAAAGGAAUUCUAUGUUCACAUACCACUGGAGACUUGUGCCAAAAAUUGUUUAUAUCAUCGAGAGUUUGUCUGUAAAGCAUUCCAUUAUUAUGAGAAGGACUACCAAUGCAAGUUGUUUGAUACAAUGAAGAGUCUGAGCCUUAGACCACUUUCCAGUGGAUCUUAUUAUGUACUUUCACAAAAGUGCACUUCCACAGACUUCCAAUGUGACAAUGGAAGAUGUAUUCCAGGGGAAGAAAAAUGUAAUGGAAGGGAUAACUGCAAUGAUUUUUCUGAUGAACAAGACUGUGGGAUUCCUGAAACGCUUGAGAUUCGACUUGCAGAUGGAGAAGAACAUUCUGGAAGAGUAGAGAUAAAAUAUCUUAAUGAAUGGGGUGUUGUGUGUGAUGACAAGUGGGACAUAAACGAUGCUAACGUUGUUUGUCGUAUGCUUGGAUACAAAUCUGCCAUCAAAGCUAUUCCUUUUUCCAAUUUUGGACCUGGAAAUGCAAACUUCUUACUAACCAAUGUUGAAUGUAUAGGAAAUGAAACAAGCUUGUUAGACUGUCCCAAAAGUCCAUGGCGUCAGCACAACUGCAAAAGGCAUGAGACUGCUAGCGUCAUAUGUAAAGCAAACAAAGGUUGCCCCCCAAAUCAGUUUGAAUGUGCUAACUCACAAUGUCGAAGUAUAAAAUAUAUAUGUGACAGAGUUGAUAAUUGUGGUGAUAACAGUGAUGAAAAAUAUUGCACUGCUUCAGUGAAAUUAGUCAACGGUACUAACCCUAGUAAUGGAAGGAUUCAAAUAACCAUCAAUAACAUUACUGGUACUAUAUGUGAUGACAAUUUUAACAACAAAGAGGCCACUGUCAUUUGCAAGCAGCUGGGAUAUAAAUCAGGAAUUGCUUUGCCAGGAGGUACCUAUGGAAAGGGUAAUGGUAUUAUUUGGUAUGAUGAGGUCAAUUGCUAUGGCAAUGAAAAUAGCAUUGAAUUUUGUAAUGGAAAUACUAAGGGUGAACAUGACUGUGACCACACAGAAGAUGUUGGUGUACAAUGUUACCGAGAUGCUAUAACAACAACUACUUUCCCUACAACAACCACUGUAGCAUCAACAACCACUGUGGAUAACUUAAAAUGUGGCCGGAGACCUAUCAAACAAAGAUCACAACGUAUUACUGGUGGUGUGAGGGCUAUAGAAGGAGCUUAUCCCUGGCAAGCAAGGAUCUUUAGAAGUUGGUUUUGGGGUAGGCUCCAUCACUGUGGGGCCAGUGUAAUUGGUGAAUUUUGGGUCAUUACAGCAGCACAUUGUGUAAUGGGCAAAAAGAAAGAAAGCCUAAUCGCCAAAGUAGGAGAUCAUAGCAAUAAGGUCUGGGAUAAAUAUGAACAAACUUUCAAAGUUGCUGAACUAGUAACUCAUCCUAAAUAUGAUGAUAACUCAUAUGAUUAUGAUAUCGCUCUAAUUAAAUUAGAGCCAAAUAGGAAUGGAAAUGGAAUUGUUUUCAAUGAUUAUGUACAACCAGCCUGUUUGCCAGACAAGAACACAACAUAUUUUGAAGGUGAAAGAUGUCAUAUUUCUGGAUGGGGAAACACAGGAAAAGCAUAUCCAUCAAUUCUCAAGGCAGCUACUGUUCCAUUAAUUAAAGCAUCUCUAUGUAAAUCACUGUACAAGAACAGUAUUACUCCACGUAUGAUAUGUGCAGGCUACAUCGAAGGUGGUCCUGACAGCUGCCAAGGAGAUAGCGGUGGUCCUCUGGUCUGUAAUAAAGAUGGAGUCUAUACACUUACUGGAGUGACCUCUUGGGGAAAUGGUUGUGGCCAGCCGAGAAAUCCUGGAGUUUAUUCCAAAGUCCAAGAACUCCAACCUUGGAUUGAGUUCAUAAUGAAAAAAUAUUCUUGAGAACACAAAUAAAUGCUAACAAUUGUAACUAUUCAGCUACUAACUACACUGCAAUGUCUUGUAAACAAAGUAACCUCCUCAUAAAAUCGAAAAUGAACAAAGAGAAUAAAACAAUAGCUCCAUUGAUUUCACCAAGCCAUAACUGGAAAAUGUUCUUAGAAAUGUCAUGAAAAAUAAUCAAAAGAGAAAACUGAUAUUUUGUAAAAAGAAAAAUUUAAUAAAAUUCAGUCAAAAAUAA